AUGUCUCUUGUGUAUUGGUCUCCAACAGAAGGAUUCUGUUGGGCACGCACUGCAGAAAGGCAAACAUCUCAACUACGCACUAGAUAUUUGCAAGCUGUUCUACGACAGGAAGUUGGGUUUUUUGAUACAAUUCACGGAGCAUCCAUAACAUCCCAAGUGGUCUCGGCUAUUUCAACUGACACAUUAGUCAUACAAGGGGUUCUUAGCGAGAAGAUUCCAAACUUCAUUACAAAUCUAGCAAUCUUCAUCACAGCAAAAAUGACUGCUUUGUACCUCUGUUGGAGACUGGCUGUCAUUGCCAUCCCUGCAUUGGUGAUGCUUAUUAUUCCAGGCUUAGUAUACGGGAAGCUUUUAGCAGUGGUAGGAGAAAAGAUACAAGAAGCUUAUGCAAUCGUUGGUGGUAUAGCAGAGCAGGCAUUAUCUUCAAUCAGGACUGUUUAUUCCAAUGUUGGGGAGGAGCAGACUGUGAAGAACUUUUCAGCUGCAUUAGGACCAACUCUAAAGCAUGGGACAAAGCAAGGACUGUUGAAGGGAAUGGCUAUUGGUAGUAUUGGAGUUACUUAUGCGAUUUGGGCACUUCAGGGCUGGUAUGGGAGCAUCUUGGUCACUGAAAAGGGAGUCAAAGGUGGGGAUGCUUUCACUGCUGGUGUAUGCAUUGUCAACGGAGGACUGUAA